GUGUGCAGAGAGCAUUCACACAGCAAAGAGAGGAGGCGUCCUCAAGGGAGAAGGGGACAUGGCAUUCAUUCGGCUGGAAGAUAGGACUCGGACGCGUUGACAUCUGCACGACCGAGUCGGCUCCCCAAGACCAUACGCGCACCGUCGUGAGGAGAGUGCAGACAAGCUCUGCUAUGAAUCAAUGAUCGUCAGCGGAAGCAGUGAGUGCCCCUGAUGCUUAGCGAUGCAUCUAUAUCUGCCGGUGUUCCAGCCAAAGAGGCCACUUGCCACAUAGAGGGACAAACACACGCACAGAGAGAGAGAGAGAGAUCAUCCACAGCGGGCAGAUCGGGGUCGGUGAACUUGUGUAUGAGUGAGUGGCACGUUGUCUAAGCUCCAUCGGGUGUGUCCUCCUCAUCGGCUGCUCCCGGCUGGUGCCCCCGGCCACUCGUCACCGCACCGACAGUCACCGAACCUGACACACAACACGCACACUCACUCCAGGUCAUCCACCGUCCAUUUGCCCAUGUUCACACCACACUCACCGAAGUGUCCAUGAUCGUCCUCCUUGCAAGGGCCAUAAUCGCCACCAGCAGCAGCAUCAUCAUGACCACCACCACCAGCGUCUGCUGUAGGUGCGGCUUCACUCUGAGCCAAACACACACAGAGAGCAUCAACGGUGAUGCACACAGGGAGCGUAUGUUUGCGUGGUUUGUUCGGCCUACCGUGGCUGUCGAGGGCUGCGCGAGUGGGAGCUGCUCCCCUCAUUAGCACCAACACCACCUGGGCACACACAGACAAAGUGAGCAUGCGACGAGAUUUCCUCCGUUCCCUCCCUCUCCCUGACCCUUAGACACCCCUGUCGAUGUCGCCUCGCUGACCCCCCGGAUCAGCCACGCAUCGCUGCCCAUCUUCGUGCGCGCCAACGCCACUGUCUGAGGACUGCCCGCCACACCAACACCAUCGCCUCGGGGCUCCUCGGUGCUGUGGAGGGCGAUGCGUGCCCGUCCGCCCGGGUGCAGGCACAUCUCGAUAUCUGCCGAAAACGGGUCCCCUGCCUUGUCGCCACACAGGAUGACCAAUCGCUUUGCGCGGCCACUCCAGUCCGUGAAAUCGCAGCAGCAGCUGUCCCACACGCGCGACGGCUGGGCCAUGAGCGCAGCAAUGCGCUGAGCGCCAGCAGAUGCCGGAGAGUUGUCCUCAGAGGCGACCAGACCCGAUAAGUGUAUCCUAAGGCGCGAAGGAAGAUAAGACAGUGAGAGAAUGCAGGACAUAGCAUUCUGAGGUACACUAAUGCUUGCGUACCCUUCCGGACCACACCCCAGGCCGCACCGACGGCCGAUGAGCGACCACUGCCCCAGGCACUGCCCCCGGCUCUCGAAUGUCUCUCGAAGGCCGACCUGCUCUACAUCGCCCUCGUCCAACUGGAUAGGCAGCUGCUGGAUCCGUUUGUGUUGUUUGUGGUUCUUGGCCAGGUGGAUGAGCGCGACAUUGCCCGUCCAGUCGCCCCCCGUCUCGAGGAAGUACUGCAGGCGAAUCAGCUGAGACAGCCGACGGGGGCUGGCAGACUGGCGCAGCGGCUGGUAGUCGAUGACGCCGGAGAGGCCCUUCUGCUGGAUCAAGUCAUCGAUAGCCGACGUCACUACGGCCUCCUUUACGUCCACCUCCAACUGCAGACAUUAUCAGAAAGUAUUUCACACACGGACGUAAUCGGGGUUCCUUCGCCACCCUCUGGCUGGCUGACCUGAUACACCUCCAGCCGCCGUGCGGUGAAGGAACGGCUGUGUACGUGGCCGCGCCGGUCAAAGAGGCGCCGCCGGCAGAGGCGAAGAUCGCCACCCAGGCCCACCUCCAGACAACUUCCGUUGAAGGACAGAAUCCCACGCGGGCCAUCUCCUCCGCUCGUCACCGCACCAGCCCCAGCGACAGUCACGCGCUGGUUGCUACGUGGCACCUCCACCUCUUCUGGGCCCUCGGUGGACAU